GUACUAUAUAAGACACGUGAAGAUGUAUUACAUCAAUCCACACAACUUUCAAAGGAAGACAACAUAAUAACCGUUUGUUUGAAAUAUUAAGCUCUUUGCUUUUUUGAAAAUGGAGGUCGUUAGAUUCGCCGUCGCCGUCGUUUUUGUAUUGUUCUCCGUCUCGUCAUCUAAGGCUGAGCCUACACCGGCAAUGGGUGGAGGCGGAGGAGGAGGAGGAGAUGCUCACUCAAUGCCGUGUAUACAAAAACUGAUGCCAUGUCAGCCUUAUCUUCACUCGGUGACUCCUCCACCGCCCGCUUCGUGUUGCCUGCCGAUGAAGGAGAUCGUCGAGAAAGACGCCACGUGUCUUUGCUCCGUCUUCAACAAUGUCGACAUGCUCAAAUCGCUUAACCUCACUAAAGAAAACGCUCUUGUUCUCCCUAAAGCUUGUGGCGCCAAGGCUGACAUCUCGCUAUGCAAAUCCAGCAAUGGCACCACUACACCUUCGACGGGAACUACCACAACUCCUCCGGCAUCUUCCACUGGGAGCGGUUCCACCGGAGCUUCAUCUUCUUCAACGGCCAAACCAACAAACUCGGCUCCUGCCAUCAACUUCGCCGGAGCUAGCUUCGCAUCAGCUUUCAUGGCAUUGGCAACAAUCUUCUUCUGAUCUACUACUAUAUUGCAUUUUUUCUUUAUUCAUUAUUACGUAGGUUUUUUAUAUGUUGAAAAUUUGUUUGGUUAUUGAUUAUUAUUAUCAUUAUGUACUUUGAAAUUUCUAAUAAUAGUAAUAAUUUCCAGCAUGU